AUGCUGCAGUAUUUCUCAGCCCCGGGGAGCGACAUUCGCAUCCCGGGGAUCCGCCUCAACAGACAAGUUGCGGAGAACGAGUCCGUCGGGCGCGUUGCGUACAACCUGCAGCAGCGCAUGCUGAUCCCGUGCGGGAUCCCGCCCGAGCGCAAGGACGAGGCGUGA